AUGGCUUCCCCCACGUGCCCUUUUGACUUCAGCAGAUACUACCUCACCGGCGAGCUUUCGGACUUUACAGUGCAGUCCGCGGAACAAGAGUUCAAAGUCCACAAGUUGAUCCUCAUGGAACACUCCGACUUUUUUGCCGCAUGUUGCAGGGGCCCCUGGCCGGAAUGGCAGGAAAACAAACUCCGACUCAUGGAUGAUCACCCUUGCCUCAUCGAAGCUAUGAUCCUAUUCCUCUAUCAAACAAGCUACGACGAUCUAGUUGUCAAAAUCGGACUUCCGAGGGUACUGUUCAACGUCAAGCUCUACCAUCUCGCUGAAAAGUACCUUAUCCCCAGGCUGAAAGAGUCCAUGACGCGCGAAUUGCGUGAAUUCCUUCCAGAACACGCUCUGGAAGAUGGCUUCUCAUCUGCCGUUGCGGAGACUUACAAUUGUGGAUAUCCAGACGACAGAACGCUUCGAGACUUGUUCGUGGAAACUUCAUCCCAAAAUCUCCACAAGCUGAAGCGCAAAAAGGAUUUUGAAAAGAUGGUGCGAGAGACUCCAGCGUUCGCUAUCGACCUCGUCAUUUCCCGUGUGGCCAGUUUGGGGUACGCGCCCUCUUACAAUCAUUACAGUCACAAUCAUCUAGUGGGAAAUUGGGGGGCCGAUUACGUCUCCGAGCAAAGUGUUGGCAGUGUUGAUGAUACAUGA